CCGGCCCCGCCCCACCCCCGGGAGGUGGGGCUAAGGUGGGAACAUGAGGCUGUCGCUUGCCGCCGCUAUCUCCCACGGCCGCGUCUACCGCCGCUUGGGCCUCGGUCCCGAGUCUCGCAUCCACCUGCUGCGGAACUUGCUCACGGGCCUAGUGCGCCACGAACGUAUCGAGGCGUCAUGGGCACGCGUGGACGAGAUGAGGGGCUACGCGGAGAAGCUUAUCGACUAUGGAAAGCUAGGAGACACCAACGAACGAGCCAUGCGCAUGGCUGACUUCUGGCUCACUGAGAAGGACUUGAUCCCAAAGCUGUUUAAAGUACUAGCACCUCGGUUCCAAGGUCAGAAUGGGAACUACACAAGAAUGCUGCAGAUCCCGAAUCGGAAGGAGCAAGAUCGGGCCAAGAUGGCAGUGAUCGAAUAUAAAGGGAACUGCCUCCCUCCCCUGCCUCUGCCUCACAGAGACAGCAACCUCACUCUCCUAAACCAGCUACUACUGGGACUGAAGCAGGACCUGCACCAUAACCAGGAAGCAAGCCUCCACAGCUCCCACACGGUUCAAACGCCAAAGACUUAACUGGAGCAGGAGAGUGCACGGCUCUCAUAGGUGUGUUCACAGGCCUUGGAGCUCUUAUAAUGCGGGAGAACUGGAAGUGGCCUGUCGAAAUGGAGCCCAGAUCUUACUGCUGGCUCAUGGUCCUCUCUUUGCACAAUAGAUAAAAUUUUGAUGUGACUGUAUGAAACUGAUUUUCUUUUCUUUCCUGGGAUUUCUGGAAAGUGAGAGGCACCUAAGAUAGUAAAUUCACAGCUUGUGUUUCUGAAUCUUGGGUCCAGUUUUGCUUUGCUUAUUGGUGGGAGAGGGGAGUCUUACGAUGUAAUCCAGGCUGCAGCCAACAUAACAGCUGUCCUCCUGUCCCUGCCUCCCAAGUGCUGGGCCUUCCAGUGUUCACCACCACACAGGGCCGGUUGCUUAUCUUUUGUUUUUUAUUUUUUUGAGACGGUUUCUUCAGGAUGGCCUCCUGAAUGCUGGAAUUAAAGGUGUCAACUGCC